CGACACCGUUGCUUACAUCAAGUCCUAGCGCGCUACGGAAGAUCAAGUCCGACAUCGAUCGAAGACUGGAAAAAAAGAAACGCCCGGCUUUCAUGAAUGCAUUAUCCUAUUUGAGAGACCCAGGAAGGAUCGAUGACCUAAAGAAAGAUUUUGACAAAGCAUUGACAUCGUUUCAGCUUAGGGCGAACCUAAUAGGCGGCGCCAAAUUAGCGGCCAUAGAACAUCGUCUACAGGAUGACAAAAUCUUGGAUAGUCUUCGAUUCCCUCAUAUCGCCCACGAUGAUUCGACUCAGGCAUGCCUAGAAGGCACUAGGGUGGAUCUCACCGAGCAUAUUAUGACAUGGUGCCGCAACACUGGGGAGAGUGAGAACCGGCUAAUGCUACUGACAGCUGUGGCGGGUGCCGGAAAGACUUCGAUUACACUCACGAUAGCAGAACGGUGUACGAGUGAAGAGGACGUUACCCUGUUACUGCACUUCUUCUUUAAAGCUGGCGAACGGUCACGGCCCGAUUCUCUAUUCAGCGGCAUAGCUCGGGCUUUAGCAGACCAUGACCCGGUUUACCGCACUUCCAUUAUCUCUGCUCUGCGAAAAGACCCUUCCCUCUCAACGGCCCUACUCGCGAAGCAAUUCGAGAAUUUGGUGGCUUCGCCUCUCCGACAUAAACCUCCAUCUCCCGACCGUCCUAUGGUGAUCAUCAUUGAUGCGUUAGAUGAAUGUGAUAAAGAAGCGUUUGAGCCCCUUGCCGAGAUUCUUAGGGAAGGGGUGCCUAGGCUACCAUCUUCCAUAAAAUUCUUUAUCACAUCGAGACAAUUUGAUCUCGUGAAUCGCUACCUCUCCCUUAAUUGCCCUAUCGAUCGUCUCACUAUUGAUCUUUCGGAUGGGGCAAAUUUGAAGGACUGUACUACAUACAUACAUUCCCAGCUGCAAGUGCUGAAGAAAGUACAUCCGGAUGUACGCCAUAAUCUUCAGGACGAGGAUAAGAAAGUACAGGAAAUCUCAGAACAAGCAAAUGGCUUGUUUGUUUGGAUCAGCACCAUCUUUCGCUACAUGAGGACAGCCAACAAGGAUCCUAUGAGGACGUUAGAGGGCCUGCUCGACACUGGUGCCAAACGAUCAAAGGUCCCUGCUGAGGGAAUGAUGGAUCGUUUGUAUACAAGCAUUCUGAAGAAGUGCGAUUGGGAGGAUGAAGAAUUUGCAUAUGACUACCCAGUCGUGAUGGGAGCAAUCUUCGUUGCGCAGCAACCUCUAUCUGUCGCAGCUUGGGACGCCAUUUUGUCACCUUUCCUCAAAUCUUCUGUUCAAUAUGUGUUGGCAGAACUCGCACCUCUCCUCUCAGUGGUUGGGAAUCAUCAUGCUCCAGUUCGAAUCUUACACCAAUCCUUCCGUGACUUCAUCGUCGAUCGGAUUGAUCCCCGAUCAAUCAACCCCAGCUGCGGUCCAGUAAGUGUGCAGACAGAGAAUGCCAAGGUUGCCCUGCGAUGUACCGAGAUUCUCAUCCAGGAUCUUUCCUCUGCAGAGGGCUUAGGACUGAUUGAAUAUCUGUCCAAAAAAGACGAAAUGCCGCGCAUUCCUCGAGAGGAGUUAUCCGAGCACUUUCAUUAUGCAUGUCGCCAUAUUGUCCAUCACCUCAGUAGAGUCCAGGAACCGGAGGAGGGGCUUGCUGUGUCAGUUGCCAUAUUCCUCAGUCAGGAAGCAACUCGCUGGGUGGAAGUCUGUGUGAGAAUGGAGGGCUACAUUAGUAUCUCGUUACUACCUAAGUGGUCCGCUGGUGGGCACCGGUCUAAGGAUGCUGUCUGUGCACUGGCCAAUGGGCUUGUCCAGCUUGUGGGGAAUUUGGAAUUCUUUUCAAGAUUCCAGGAGGCUUAUGAAGCAGCGAAUGAUUCCGUUAUGCUCUGCCGUGACCUUGUUUCUUUGGAUCCAGGGACCUACACCUCGGAUUUGGCUGAGUCACUCAACAGUCUAUAUUGCACUCUUUCCAAUCUUGGGCGGCACUUGGAGGCGCUCCCAUUUGUUGAAGAAGGCGUCAAGCUCUACCACCAGCUAGUUGCCAUUCACCCAGGAUCAUACACCCCAAAUCUGGCCGGGUCACUCAACAAUCUAUAUACCAUUCUUUCCAAUCUUGGACGGCACUCGGAGGCACUCCCAUUCAUUGAAGAGAGUGUCAAACUCUACCACCAGCUAGUUGUCGUUCACCCAAGAUCAUACACACCGGAUUUGGCCAUGUCACUCAGCAGCCUAUGCAAUGCUCUUUCCUAUCUGGGACGGGACUCGGAGGCGCUCCCAUUCAUCGAAGAAAGUGUCAAACUCCGACGCCAGCUAGUUGCUGUUCACCCAGGAUUAUACACCCCAGAUCUGGCCGCGUCACUCAAUAAUCUAUAUAUCAUUCUUUCCAAUCUCAGACGGUACUCGAAGGCACUCCCAUUCAUUGAAGAAAGCGCCAAACUCUACCGGCAAUUGGUUGCCGUUCAUUCAGGAUCAUACACCCCAGAUUUGGCUAUGUCACUCAAUAAUCUACAUAUCGCUCUUUCUGAUCUUGGACGGCACUCAGAGGCACUCCCAUUCAUCGAAGAAAGUGUCAAACUCCGGCGCCAGCUUGUUACCGUUCACCCAGGAUCAUACACCCCGGAUUUGGCCAUCUCACUCAGCAGCCUAUGCAAUGCUCUUUCCAAUCUCGGACGGCACUCAGAGGCGCUCCCAUUCAUCGAAGAAAGUGUCAAACUCCGACGCCAGCUAGUUGCUGUUCACCCAGGAUCAUACACCCCAGGUUUGGCCACGUCACUCAACAAUCUAUAUGCAACUCUUUCCAAUCUCGGACGGCACUCGGAGGCACUCCUAUCCAUUGAAGAAUGUGUUCAAAUCCGGCGCCAGCUAGUUGUUGUUGACCCAGGAGCACAUGCCCCAGGAUUGGCUAAGUCACUCAACAAUCUACGUUCCGCGCUCUCCGAUCUCGGGCGUCAUUCCGAUGCACUAAUGGUCCACGAUUGAGUGGCCUAGGUUCUCUGGUCUUCUCCAUUCCGCUUAUCAUUGCCAUUUCCCAUGGGCCACCCACACCACAACGCACAUGCUGCAAGUGUGAAAGGGAGAACACUGACGACUCUAUCCCA